CACUGAGCAUUUCCCUGAGGACGUUCUACAACCAAACAUCAAGCUGUUGGAUCAUUUUCACUCUUUGUGAACAGAUUAAAUUAAAUAGCAAACAUGCAGUGGUGUGUGUUUUUUCUGACCGUGAUGGCUCAGAAUUAUCUGACUGCAUGUCAGCUCUAUGAGUUUCACUACAUUAAUGAGAAUAAAACCUGGACUGAAGCUCAGCAGUACUGCAGAGAGAAACACACUGACCUGGUCACAGUGACUAACAUGAAGGACAUGAAGAGACUCAUCAACAUCUCAGAUGGAGAUAUAAAGGAAGCUUGGAUUGGUCUGUAUGAUCAAACACAUGGUACCAGAACAUGGUACUGGUCUCUGCCCGGAGUGGAGUUCAAUCAAAGUGAGACAAACUGGAACCCAGGAGAACCAAAUAAUUAUGGAUCUGAAGGCGAAAACUGUGGGAUUAUAUGGAAAGAGGCCAAUCCUUCUUUCAAGUGGGGAGAUUUAUCCUGUAAUGAGAAGAAAAAUUUUAUCUGCUAUGAUGAAAAUAAUUCAUCACAGAAAUAUCACCUGAUUUAUGAAUCAAUGAACUGGACAGAAGCUCAGAGUUACUGCAGAGAGAAACACACAGACCUGAUCAGUGGAUUGAAGCAGCUAAAGGAUGGAGAAGUGAACAAGGGGUUAAAGUUCACGGCUGUAAAUUCAAUGUACAUCUUCACUGGUCUGUUCAGUGACACCUGGAGGUGGUCAGAUGGAAGUAAUUUCUCCUUCAGACACUGGAAUCUACAGUUUAAUAAUCAGAGAAAAAACAGUGGUCAAUGUGCAAUGACUGUGUUUGAUAAUGGAGGCAGAUGGAGGAAUGAGAACUGCACUGAAAGAAAACCCUUCAUCUGUAAUGAUGACGACAGUUCAUUGAUCCUGAUCAAAGUUAAUAAAACCUGGGAAGGCGCCUUGACCUACUGCAGAGAUCACCACCAUGACCUGGUCACCAUCACCGACUCUGAUGAGCAGAGACUGGUCCAGCAGAAAGCCCAGUUUGCUUCGACUCCUUUUGUCUGGAUGGGUCUGCGCUACGCCUGUACUCUGGAUUUGUGGUUCUGGGUCAGUGACGAGGUGGUCAGCUACAAGAACUGGGCCAAAGAUGAACCGAUGGACGACUGUGACAUGUCUGGAGCCAUGGAGACGGGAGGAGGAUAUAAGUGGAGUAAGAAAAAUGACCUUGAGGAAUUUAAUUUCAUUUGUUUUAAGUGAUGUGUUUUAUAACACUUACUCUCAAACAGGCUGUAUAUGAACGCUGAUAUAUGCAGAAAGGGGAACGGUUAAAUAUUGUAGGUUACAUUGUUUGGAUCUUGUUCGGCUUCACAUCAUGAGCCAUGUACAUUAUGUUUAUUCAAAGCAAUAUGUCCAUCCUAACCCUAAAUGUAUGGAAGAAUGAUAAAAAACAUACAACUUGUUUUAAAUGUCGUCUGAUAAUAUCCAUGUAUAUAUUCUUAAACUAUCCACAAUGCUCACUUGUUAUUGAUCCAUAUUUUAAACUAUCAUGUUAAAUACUGUUUGUAUCAAAGCAAAAAGACAAUAAAUAAUCACCAAAAACUG